AUGUCACUCGAUAAUGAUUGGUGCUAUAAAAUUGCAAGUGAGAAAGGCAACGAUGAGCUUGCCAAAACAAGGGUGAUGCAAGAAAAUCUCGCAAACCCACUUCGCGUUCUAGUUCUUUACGGGUCAAAUAGGGAAAAAUCUUAUUCUCGCUUGCUGUCUUUCGAAGUUGCAAGGCUUUUACAUUAUCUUGGGUGUGAUGUUCGCGUCUAUGAUCCGAGGGGCCUCCCGCUCCGGGACGAUCCUAGCAUUUCCACAUCGACGCAUCCGAAAGUAAACGAGCUUCUCGAUUGUAUCGCAUGGAGCCAAGCGCAGUUCUGGUGUUCUCCAGAGCAGCAUGGCAAUAUGACAGGUAUUAUGAAGACAAUGAUCGACCAUAUUCCCCUAAGCAGUCAGGCUAUACGCCCUACUCAAGGAAAAGUUCUAGCAAUUGCUCAGGUGAGCGGUGGUUCACAGUCCUUCAAUGCUUUGAAUUCAAUGCGCAUACUUGGCCGAUGGAUGAGGAUGUUCACCAUUCCCAAUCAAGCUUCGUUACCAAAAGCAUACACUCAAUUCACCGCAGAAGGUAGACUUACCAAUUCGUCAAACAGAAGCCGUCUCGUGGAUGUCGUAGAAGAAUUGGUGAAGAUCUCUUGUAUUUUGCAAGACCACCAAGCGAUACUAGGCGAUCGCUUCAGCGAACGGAAAGAGAGUUACAAGAAUUAG